AUCGACAGUGGUCAUAUUUAAUAGAAACCUAGCCCUCCGCAGGGCUAACGUUACUUCAGAACAGUAACGUUAAUCUUAUUUAUUAGCGCUUAGCGCUCUUUAUUAGCGCUUAGCGCUGUACUGCUUUAAGAUGGCGGCUGUUCACUAAAGCUGCCCAGACGCGGCCGAGUCUGUCAUUUAGCAUCUAGUUCAACAUACAUGUGAUCUCUAUGAGACGCAUGAGACGCUACCUGUAUCAACGUAGCAUCGUGCGGGCUAGUAUUUAGCAACGUCGGCGUCGUUUGUGGCGGCUGUCGGCUGCAUGUCACGCCUGAAGACAUUUUCCUGCCGUUCGAAUCUACACCAGGAUUGACAUGAUGUCCCUGCUGAUGCCCCUUAUGCUGUCUGCCAUGAUGGCCGUCCAAACUGUCGCCAUGAUGGAGGUGCAUGUUCCCGACCAGCCAAUGGUGGCGCUGCACGGAAGGGACGUCACACUUAACUGCUCCUUCAGGCCCGCUGGCACCUUCAACGCUUCUGACGUGACUGUCUUCUGGCAAUUGACCGACACCAAGCGUGGUGUGUACGGAUACAGCGAAGGACAUGUUCAGCUGGUAGACCAGGCCGAAAGCUUCGUCAACCGCACUAACAUGUUCCCCAGUGAGCUAGGCCUGGGCAAUGCCUCGCUGCUGCUGAAGAAGGUGGUGGUCGCUGACGAAGGCAGCUACACUUGCUUUGUCAGAGUGAAGGAAUACGGCAGUGCUGCUUUGUAUCUGCAGGUGGCUGCUCCAUACUCCAAGCCUGUAGUGACCAUCCAGAGUGAAUCCAACCUUCGACCAGGAGAAGAAGUGGCUCUCACUUGCGUGGCUUACGGAGGCUACCCAGAAGCGGAUGUCAUGUGGCAGGAUGGGGCUGGCCGGAACCUGACGGACAAUGUCACCACUUCGGUGGUGGCCAACGAGGAGGGUCUCUUCUCCCUGACCAGCGUGCUGACUGUUGUGCUGGAGCCCAACAGCACCUACAGCUGCCAACUCAUUAAUCCGUUGCUGGGGGAGGAGGGUAACGCUUCUGUCACCAUUACAGGUCAAAACAUCUCAUUCCCCCCUGUGGCACUGUGGGUGACCAUCGGCCUCGCUGUGUGCCUGCUAGUCCUGCUUGUGGCGCUGGCCGCCGUCUGCCGCAGGAAGAUCAAGGAGAGCUGCGAGGAGGCCAGGAGAGAAGCUGAGGAGGCCAAGGAACUGGAAGAAGAUGAGUCAAAGACAGCCAUGACACUUCUGAAGAGCUAAGGCCAAAGACAACGAGGGAGGUUCAGAUAGGUGGCAGAUACGAUGAGGUCUGGUGGCUGACAGAAUCCAUCAGCUUGCUGACAGAUUUUGGCAAUCAACCGUUACGACGUCUUCCGUCAUUGCCCCAGCGGAAGUCCAUCAUCAUCACCAUCAGCAUUGUCUCCGUCCGUGUGUGAAGCUCCCUCAAGCGUCCAUCAACACACAUGUGCCAAUAAGUACUCAUGGCCCUAAUGUCCUUUUUUCUAUCAAUGGAAGACCACCACCAGCCAGUAUGAAUUGUUUGCAGUGAGAGCUUUUUGAUGUAAAAGAUAGUAAAACUAUUUUUUUAUUUUAAAAUGAAACGUUUCAGAUCUUCUUGAAAUCAUCUCCAUCAUUUAGUCCCGCGCUAGCUAAUUAGCGUUUGUCGCCUGGGUUACUGUUAUCUGUCCACAUGUGCUCUCAGCCUCCCCCCACCUCUGCCCCCACCGCUAUCUCCUGGAACUAGAGGCGAUUGUAAUUGAAUGCCAGCUAAACUCCAGCAAACUGCAAAUGGUGCAUGGGACACACCCCAACAAUCAUCUAUACAGUAUUGCAUUGUUUUAAAUGAACGCAAGACUACAGCCUGUGCGGCGUGGUUGAUGUUGUGGGUAAGUCUGAUUUCAUUACAGGUACAAGGGUUAAUCAGUCUCCGUGCCAACGUUUCAAUGUCAAAAUUGUGCCUGUUUUUAUUGAAAACAUGGCGAAUAAACCAUUGUUCAUUCGUGUGCAUAAUAUGAAGUAUGCAUGUGUUUUGUUUUCCAACAAUGCUCAACUAUGUUUUUAAUUAAUCUAUUGUACCUGCGGCUAGAAAGUGAAGAGCUGUCUCUAUCUGAAAUGCAGGAGGGAUGUCAGUGAAGGGGAGAUUGCCAAGAACCUAUCAAAAUACCCAUCUGGCAUUCUACUCCCUCUUUGACAAUCAAGCCCUGUUCUGUGGUUCACUGAAAUGUAAUGAAAUGGCUAAUUUCUUAUGCAUUUUACAGUGUUGCUCAAUGUGUAACGGACAUAUGUAACAUUUAUAUAUAUUCCAACUGUCAGACAAGAGUAAAAAGAAAAAGUUAUACAAAGCUAUUAGAAACAUACAGUGCUGCCCAAAAGUAUUGGCACCCCUGCAAUUCUGUCAGAUAAUGCUCAAUUUCUUUUUGCUUGCAAUGAAAAAACACAAAAGAAAAUGGGGAAAAUAUAUAUUUUUUCAUUUUACACAAAACUCCAGAAAUUGGCUGGACAAAAGAAUUGACACCCUUUGAAAAACUCACGUGAUGCUUCUCUAAUUUGUGUCAUUAACAGCACCUGUUACUUACCUGUGGCACAUAACAGGUCGUGGCAAUAACUAAAUCACACUUGCAGCCGGUUAAAAUGGAUUAAAGUUGACUCAAACUCUGUCCUGUGUCCUUGUGUGUACCACAUUGAGCAUGGAGAAAAGAAAGAAGACCAAAGAACUGUCUGGGGACUUGAGAAGCAAAAUUGUGAGGAAGCAUGGGCAAUCUCAAGGCUACAAGUCAAUCUCCAAGGACAUGAAUGUUCCUGUGUCUACUGUGCGCAGUGUCAUUGAGAAGUGUAAAGCCCAUGGCACUGUGGCUAACCUCCCUAGAUGUGGACGGAAAAGACAAUUGACGAGAGAUUUCAACGAAAGAUUGUGCGGAUCUCGAUAAAGAACCUCGACUAACAUCCAAACUAGUUCAAGCUUUCCUGCAGUCCGAGGGUACAACAGUGUCAAUCCGUACUAUCUGUCGGCAUCUGAAUGAAAAGGGACUCUAUAGCAGGAAACCCGGGAAGACCCCACUUCUGACCCACAGACAUAAAACAGCCGUGCUGGAGUUUGCCAAAACUUGACCUGAGAAAGCCAAAAACAUUUUGGAAGAAUGUUCUCUGGUCAGAUAAGACAAAAGUAGGGCUUUUUGGGAAAAGGGCUCAACACACAGGAAAAAUCAGGAAAAAAAAAACAAGGCCUUCAAAGAACGCGUCGGUACAGUUAAAUGUGGCGUUGGUUCCCUGAUGUUUUGGGGUUGCUUUGCUGCCUCUGGCACUGGACUGCUUGACCGUGUACAUCGCAUUAUGAAGUCUGAAGACUACCAACAAAUUUUGCAGUCUAAUGUGGGGCCCAGUAUGAGAAAGCUGGGUCUCCCUCAGAGGUCAUGGGUCUUCCAGCAGGACAAUGACCCAAAAACACACUUCAAAAAGCACUACAAAAUGUUUUGAGAGAACGCACUGGGGACUUCUAAAGUGGCCAGCAAUGAGUCCAGACCUGAAUCCCAUAGCACACCUAUGGAGAGAUCUGAAAAUGGCAGUUUGGAGAAGGUACCCUUCAAAUCUCAGAAAUCUGGAGCAGUUGGCCGAAGAAAAAUGGUCUAAAAUUCCAGCAGAGCAUUGUAAGAAACUCACUGAUGGAUACCGGAAGCGGUUGUUCGCAGUUAUUUUGUCUAAAGGUUGUGCUUUCAAGUAUUAGGCUGAGGGUGACAAUACUUUUAUUAGGCCAUUUUUGGAGUUUUGCGUAAAAUGAUAAUGAUUUUAUUUUAUUUUUUUCAUUCUCUUUUGUGUUUUUUCAUUGCAAGCAAAAUAAAUGAAGAUAUCACUACCAAAGCAUUUGUAAUUGAAAUCAUUUUAUGGGAGAAAUUGAGCAUCAUCUGACAGAAUUGCAAGGGUACCAAUACAUUUGGCCAGCACUGUAUAUACCCAGGAAGAUAAAGACCCCCUAACCUCGCGCAUGACUUUUAAUUGUAUAAUUUGUCUCUAAAAUGGUCAUUAGUACACCUAAUGACCUUAACGUAUCUUUAUCAUCGUUAAGGAAAUAAGUCAAUUUACAACAAAGAAUUACUUUAUUACACAAUGUAAAUAAGUAACAGAAAAUAUUUAAAGUGCAUCAAUUUGCCUGGGGAUUAGAAAAAAAAAACUGUAAGCCAAGUAUGCCUACUACAUACACUUUGUCCAAUUUUCUUCUUAGCAUUCGGGUAACUUUCUUUCAUCUCAUUAUCGCUUGCAGCCUUUUCAUCCCAAUGCAGAAAGUUGUCUCUUGAAGGUUUGUUUACUCUUUUCAUAUUGUUGGCUUGGUGCAAAAAACCCGACACUGUAUCGAAAAUGAGUGUCACUGCCAUCUACUGUAGUGGAUGUGCAACUACACUUAAUUGUAGUACAGCUAAACAAAAAAAAAAAACAUGUACCCAAUCAGUGGCGCGGGAAGUGGGUUGCUGAAGGUGCUGCAGCAUCCCCUGGUGUGGGGGAGGGAAAAAAAUGUGUUUUGGUAGGUUUUUUGUUGUUGUUGUUAAAAAAAUAAAUAAAACAUUGAAACAAUAGCGUAUUUAAUAGCGUAUUGAACUUUGAGCAUGAAAUAUAUAUGUUAAAAUGUUUUUUUUUUCUUUGUUAAUAACAUGGUCACCACCUGUCACCUUGUUUGUCACGUUGAAUAGGGCGCUAUUGGAACGGAAAUG